AUGGCCGAUUUCCUAUUGAGACCAAUUAAGCAACGUCACAGGAAUGAAGACAAGUACGUUACAGUGGAAGCUGCGGGCGGAUCAGUGUCUAAGAUCGAGCCCAUCGCAGAUUUCGUUAUAAAGACAAAACUAAUAUCCGGUAAUGGUCCCGAAAAGCUGCAAGACGGCAGGAAGGUGUUUAUUAAUGUCUGUCAUUCCCCAUUAGUGCCCAAACCUGAGAUUGAGUUUGAUGCGAGGAUAGUAUUCCCGCUCAUCAUCCAAAACGAAUGGGAGAUUCCUAUCAUCACAUCUUGUUAUCGCAUGGAUCAUGACAAGAAGGGACAGGAGUGUUACGUGUGGGACUGCUGCAUAAACAGCGACUGCUCGCGCUGGAUAUGUGAAGAUAUUCAACUGCGAGAGAUACUGGUCGAGUGGUGCUUGGAAUCAUGCGAGAUCCGGGAUUCCGUGGUAUUGUGCAGAGAUCACAUUGCAUUCCCCAAAAUGAAGAAGAAAGGUGCUGAGAUUCCUGCGCUAGAGAUACUGAAUGACGAGUUGCAGCAAGAUUACAAGGCAAAAAUGCAUAAAAUCAUAGAAGAGGAGGCUAGAGACCCGAUGAGUAUAUUGAGAGGAGGGAACGAUGAUGGCGAUAAUAAUAACAAUGGCGAUGAUGGGGCACUACCACCAUUAUUCCCUAUGGAGAGUAAGACCUCUGGAGCCAAGAUAGAGGAGAUCGACGAGAGCGAGAUCGCUCGCACAAAGGAGAAGAAGGCGCCUGCAGCGCAAAAGCAGCAGGAGGACGUGCCAGAAUACGAAGUGAAGAUGAAGAGGUUCAAUGGGGCAGCAUACAAGCUACGAAUCCUUAUUGAGGACAAAGCUCAGAACUCGAGACCGGACCAGUUCUCUCCGAGCUACUACUUCGCGGAGAAUGUGUUGUAUAUCAAUGACAAGCUAAGUCUACCCUUGCCCAACGACAUAGUCGCAAAUGCAGCAGACAUCAAGAUUUUCCACAUUGCUAAAGAACGCAGAUUGUAUAUAUAUAUUUAA